UCACAUGGUGGUCGAGAUCAAACUUCCGGAGGGACUUAAACGUUAACCAGCGGGGCCUGCCAGGUCGUCCUCCAUCGACGCCGAUGUGCGUGCCCCUUUCUCUAAAACUGACCAACCGAAGCGCAGGAGGAAAAUCCACUGGAGGGGUCCAUUCCCACAAGAACUUCUUGGUCCUGAUGUCUGACCAUGGAGACGUGAGCCUUCCGCCCGAAGACCGGGUGAGGGCUCUCUCCCAGAUGGGUAGUGCAGUGGAGAUAAAUGAAGACAUUCCACCCCGACGGUACUUCCGCUCUGGAGUCGAGAUUAUCCGAAUGGCAUCCAUUUACUCUGAGGAAGGCAACAUUGAACAUGCCUUCAUCCUCUAUAACAAGUAUAUCACGCUCUUUAUUGAGAAACUACCAAAGCAUCGGGAUUACAAAUUGGCUGUCAUUCCUGAAAAGAAAGACACAGUAAAGAAGUUAAAGGAGAUUGCAUUUCCCAAAGCAGAAGAGCUGAAGGCAGAGCUACUGAAACGAUAUACCAAAGAAUAUACAGAAUAUAAUGAAGAAAAAAAGAGGGAAGCGGAACAGCUUGCCCGGAAUGUGGCCAUCCAGCAGGAGCUGGAGAAGGAGAGGCAGAGGGUGGCACAGCAGAAACAGCAGCAGUUGGAGCAGGAGCAGUUCCAUGCCUUUGAGGAGAUGAUCCGGAACCAGGAGCUGGAAAAGGAGCGACUGAAAAUCGUGCAGGAAUUUGGGAAGGUGGACCCUGGCCUAGGGGGCCCACUGGUGCCUGACUUGGAGAAGCCCUCCCCAGAUGCGUUCCCCGCUGUACCUGCCACGUCCACACAGCCUGCGGACUGUAAUACGGCGGGAAGGCCUGCCAAGCCACCCGUGGUGGACAGGUCCUUGAAACCUGGAGCGUUGAGCAACUCAGAAAGUACUCCUACAAUCGACGGACUGCGCCAUGUGGUGGUGCCUGGGAGGCUCUGCCCGCAGUUCCUCCAGUUAGCCAGUGCCAACACUGCCCGGGGAGUAGAGACAUGUGGAAUUCUCUGUGGAAAACUGAUGAGGAAUGAAUUCACCAUUACCCAUGUUCUCAUCCCCAAGCAAAGUGCCGGGUCUGAUUAUUGCAACACUGAGAACGAAGAAGAACUUUUCCUCAUACAGGAUCAGCAGGGUCUCAUCACACUGGGCUGGAUUCAUACUCAUCCCACGCAGACCGCCUUCCUCUCCAGUGUUGACCUACACACUCAUUGUUCCUACCAGAUGAUGUUGCCAGAGUCAAUAGCCAUUGUUUGCUCCCCCAAGUUCCAGGAAACUGGAUUCUUUAAACUAACUGACCAUGGACUAGAGGAGAUUUCCUCCUGUCGCCAGAAAGGAUUUCAUCCACACAGCAAGGAUCCACCUCUCUUCUGCAGCUGCAGCCACGUGACCGUUGUGGACAGAGCAGUGACCAUCACAGACCUUCGAUGAGAACUUGACUUGAACACCUCCCAAGAAUUAUAAAACCAUACCAGUGUACUGUAGCCCCUUAAUUUAAACUUUCCAGAAAGCUCUGAAAGCUUUUUUAGACAGAAUUGAAAGUGAGUAUCACCUGGGGGAAAACUGAUUUUCUGUUUCUGGUUUGAAAAAAAAUAAUUGGCUGUAUUUCUUAGGCAAGUGUGGAGAAUAGCAUGACCAUGCUAAGACAACCUUUCAGUCUGGCUGCAAUUAAAAAAUUAAGUUGUUAAAAUGGUGUAGUGAACACUUACAUACCCUUUGUUCUAGAUUCACCAGUUGUUAACAUUUUUUUUCUUCUCAAGCUAGCCUUCUGGUUUCUCUGCCAACUUGUUUAUUGUUUACCUUUGGAAUUUUUAAGGGCAUCUCUGCAGAAAUUUGGAAGCCAUUUAGAAAAUCUUUGGGUUUUUCUGUGGUUUAUGACAAUAUUAAUGAAGCUUAUUACAUGGAUGAGGGACAGCCCACCUUGACCAGAUGGUGGGGCUUGAAAACCCUGAAGAAUGAUUUUUGUCAGGAAGUAUUGUUAUUUAACAAAUAUUUCAGGAUAUUUUUUCUUCUACAAUAAAAUAACCAUUAACUUA